UCAAAUGCGAUGAACUUCGCCCUCAGUGUAAUCAAUGCUCGCGUCUAGGUCAUGUUUGCGACUAUCGACCACGUUUAUGUUUCCGAGACGAUACCCGUCGGGUAAGAGAGCGGAUGCCGGAUGUCCGGAUAACGGGCAAUGUAGUCUGGGACUCAAAUUCACAGCCCACUAGAAGGAGCUUCUGUGCCACCUCGCCCACAGGUGAUCUUCUCCCGCCUUUCGUGAUGCUCACCUCGGACGAAGAGCGGGAGAGGAAGGCGCAAGCAUCAAUCCCUGGCACCUAUCAUGUGGUUGCUGUUCCAGAGAGUUUUUCUCAGCUUCCUGAAUAUACGGACGGGGCUUCUGAAGGAGACCAGACCAACGUUGCUGUGCUCGAGGUUGAAACCUGCGAUAGUUUCCAAGCAGAGCAUAGUGAUUGGGCGUAUGGACCAAAUGUCGUUGUUCUGAAUAGCUUCAAAUAUACGAAAAGGCAACUAUUUGUUGACAGAAGAAGCACUCCGCCUUCGCCCGAGUCGGACCAGGAGAGUUUCUCAUUAUCUGCGGCUUCUAUCCCGGAAAUGGUUCCAGAUUACACAGAUAACAGCUUACAGCACACGUCAGGGAGCCCCGAGCCGAACCGUUAUGAAAUGGCCCUUGUCGAACAUUUCCGGAGCUUUGUGUAUCCUCAGAUGAUCCCACAAAGCGGAAUGCUCAGCAGUCACUGUCUGGAUGUGGAAGUCUUUGAACAUGAAGCUUCAAGCUUCCCUCCUCUUUAUCAUGCCAUGAUGGCUAUAUCGGCGCUCAGCAUGGUGCGCCAAGGGGUUGAGGAUAUAGACGUCUCCUAUUACUACAGCCAGGUUGCUCCUUUCGCCCAAGGUAGCCUCUGCAGUAACGAGGAUAUCUUAUCGGAUGGACUGUAUUUGACACAUUUUCUGUUGCUUAUCUAUGAGAUUGCGGCUUCCAAACCCAGCGGGUCGAAUCUUUGGUCACAUCAUAUUUCUCGGUUACUACAUCUUACCCUGCUGAGGCAAUCGAUAUCUAGGCCCGAACGGUUCCCUGUCAUUAUCUGGUGGGCUUGCCACGUGGAUUUAUACUCCCUUUUCAGCGGCACGGGAACCGGGGAAUUUGUCCGUGCAGUGCUUGACAACCAGCUGCUCGGGGAACUCCAGUCCCUCUUCUACCCAAUAGGGUCUGACGGCUCGACGCUGAUAUACGCGGAAGAGUACGGGGGCGUGUCUACCAUUGUGCGCUUGUAUCAUGACACUUUUUACCUGGCUAUCCGGCUCGGCCUUCUUGCCGAGGAGUCACGAAGGACAAGAACGCCGUAUUUCGGUAUCCAUUCGCGCUCACAGCAGCAGGAAGCCAAGGAGCUACGCGAUGUGCUAAUCCGACUAUGGGACCAUCAAGAGGUGCGGUUCAUGUUUCAGAACCAUGCCAGUCUUCCCCAGCAGUCGCAAAAUAUGUUGCAACAGCUUUCGAUACUGUUUCACACCUGCCUCCUCCUAUCGUACACCAGUCUUUGGCCGGGACAGCGUCUGGAACCCGGCACGGCGCCCGAAGAGGAAAUCAAUCAUCAUGCGGCGCGAAUCUUACAGAUGGCUUCGACGAUCAUCGACCGAGGCCGAGCAGGCGACCGGUGGUUCAUCACGUUCCCGACAUUUUUGUCGGGCGCUAUCACGGCGUCGAGCGGUCUCAAGAUGAUGGCCUUGGAGCUGCUCUCUAAUAUCGAGGAGAACGAGGUGGGGUACAGUGCAUCGACAACAUGCCAGAUGCUGCAGGCAGUAUACGAGCGCCAGAUCCAACAUUCGGGACGCGGCGGUCAUGCUCUGGAGAUGGACUGGAUUGACGUGCUGGCGGAGCACGGGUUCCAGCUGGUCAAUUAUGGAUGAAGAGAGGGGGGGGGGGGG